CUCUCUCUCUCUCUCUCUCUCUCUCUCGGCGUCGCGGCGGCGGCGCGGAGGAUGGUGAUGAUGGGUCUCCGCCGCGCCAUCGGGAUCGGCUCCGCGGCGCUCCGCUCUGCAGCCUACCUCCGCCGCGCCUCACCCUCCUCCUCCUUAUUCGUCCCUCGCCCGCCUGUGCCCUCCCGAACCUUCGCCGCCCCGCCCCAGGUCAAGAGGAACAUCAAGGACGAUGACGACGAUGCCGCAGGCCCAAGGAUCAACAACGACAUCACCUCUCCCUUUGUCCGCCUCGUCACCGACCAAGGUCAUAGUGUUGUCCCCAGGCACGAAGCUCUUCAGCUUGCCUCCAGGAUGGACUUGGACUUGGUUGAGGUCCACAGAAAAUCAGACCCUCCUGUCUGUAAAAUCAUGGAUUUUCACAAAGAGAAGUAUAAGAAAGAUGUUAAGGAAAAAGAACGCCUAAAAACUAAGUCUGCUAUAGUCUUACGUGGUGGGGAGAACAAAGAAGUGCGGUUUAAGGGUAAAACGGAAUUAAAAGAUUUGAAGGUGAAAGCAGAUGGAAUUACAAGAUUAAUGGAGCGAGGUUACAGGGUGAAGUGCAUGGCGAUGCCCUCAGGUAAUGAAGAAGAAGAUUUAGGAGGACCACUAUCUCGGUUGUUAGGACUUAUACAAGAUGUCUGCAUAGUGGAAAGUGGUCCCCAUUUGGACUCGAAGCAUGCCUACGUUAUUGUCAGGCAUGUGAAGUUUGCAACAAAGAAAGCUGGAAAGAAAGCUAGCAAGGCCAUGGAAGAUGCAGGCAAAGGUGCCCGCAAAAAUUCCUCUGAAUUGUCAACUGUUAUGGCCGAUAGUGGAGACGAGACAACUGAGCAUGGAAACAGGCUCAUCUUGGAUGAAAUGGACAAAAAGCCCAGUUCCCUCUCCAGUGAAUUUUCCACGCAGAAAGAUGCAGAGGACAGAGUCUCUAGAAGGGAGUUGAAUUUGUUGAAAUCAAACCUGGGUAACUACCAUGGAAACAUGCAAAAUGUUGAUGCUGGAGGACCCAGAAUUAGCUCUGGUCAGCGGGGAGCACAAACUUCAGAGCGUGGUCUUGGUUCCAAGAAUGUAAAAUCUAAUGUGGAAAAGCAAAAGACUAAUGAAGAUGUGGUACCUGCAGAAACCAACAGAUAUGCCAACCGAAGACAGCAGAUAAGAGGAGAUAACCAAGGUUUGAACCAAGAUAGAUCCCCACAAGGUCAUAGAAGAAAUGAAAAUGAAGUUCACUAUCUGGUCAAUGACAACCAAAGACCUCUGCAACAGCACAGCCAACAAUCACCAAGGUUCAACAAUGGUAGAUUACCACAGGAACCAAGAAGAUAUGAGAGGGGAGGUCAUAUUCCGUUGAAUACGAAACAAGGCCAUUUUCAGCAAAUGAAUCAUCCUGCUGAAUCAGCCGGUAAUGGUGCAGGCAAGCCUACUCCGGCGACCAAGAGUUUUGGAAUUUUCAGUAGUAGAAAACCUGCCACGUCUGAGUUGAGGAAGGCAAAUGGUGCAUCUACCGGUAGGGAUGCUAAUACUGAUGUACCUAAAACCUACGGCAUUUUUAGUACUCCUAGAAGGGAAUCUGGUGAUAAGAGCUCAUGAAGCAAGCAGCAGAUAAACCUACAAACAGCAGUUCUACACCGAAGUUUGUGACGUUUGGCAUUAGCACAAUAAGUCGUAAUGUAAGGAUCAACAUCUGGUGGCAUCGAUUUGUCAUGUUUUAGUUUUUGUUGAUCGUUGCCUGCUAUCGCAUUUUGUGAAUUCUUGACAUUGCUACUUGCUACCUGCCUACCUCCAAGUCUCGAUAGUUGCAUCCACCAUCUUCCUUACAAAUUAUCAUGUCCUUGCUACUCGCUGACUAGAUUCACAAUCCACACCUAUUGGAUAUCAUGCUUUAGUGCUAA